AUGACUGGGAUCUCAUGGUUAGUAGCAACGACUAUAGUGGCGAUGGGGCUACUAGCAGACGCGGCAAUGACCGCAACAACUGCUGCUAGAGGUGGCGCUGACUUUGGGCAAUCCACCAAACAUCGAGCACAGCAGCGACAACACAAACGCGCCAAUGUCCUGGUCACCAUGCAGUCUACUGGCAACGAGCUGUUCUCCAAGAUUAAAGGCCAGAAGUUCAGCUCUCGAGGUCACCGGGUAUCAGCGUUGCAGGAUGGUCUUGAAAAUUUGGCUAAGGAGUCUCAACGUGGAGUUCACGAACUAUUGGGUAAAGUUAGUGCGUCGUUCGCACGCUCCGAGAGCUUCUGGAUCACCAACCAAGUGUACGUGCAGCAGGCGACACCCGACCUCAUAAAGCAGCUCGAGAAGGUCCCUGGCGUACAAUCUGUGGAGUUUGAGAAGAUAUUCCCGUCAUCUUUACCUGUGCUUUCGACGCCAUCCAUGUCCAGUUCAACAUCAGCAGCUCAAUGGGGAGUCAGCAAGAUCAAUGCUCCCGAUGUCUGGGCCACAGGGAAUACGGGGCAAGGUGUGGUUAUUGGCUCUAUUGACACAGGCGUACGUGGUACUCACGAGGCGCUGGCUAGCUCCUAUCGGAAAAGUUAUGGCUGGUUCGAUCCCGAACUUAGAGCUUUUGCCCCAUACGAUUCAACAGGUCACGGUACACACGUUACGGGAAUUAUGGUGGGCCAAUUCGGCUUCGGAGUGGCACCGGGAGCUACCUGGAUGGCAUGUAAGGGAUGUCGUGCUCAAGGUUGCUAUGGGUCGGAUUUGCUAGCAUGUUUCCAGUUCAUGUUGUGCCCUACGACACCCAGUGGGACAUCAAAAGACUGCUCCAAAGCACCGAAUAUUGUUAACAACAGUUGGGGUGGCGGUCAAGGUCUCACGAUGUUUGAUGGGGUUAUCAACGCUUGGCGAGCUGCAGGGAUCAUUCCUGUCGUAGCUGCAGGGAAUACUGGUCCUAACUGCGGUACUAUUGCAUCGCCUGGAGAUUCGGCUAGUGUGAUCACGGUAGGUGCGACCGAUAUCAACGACGGACUUGCCUCUUUCAGCAGCAAAGGCCCGACAGUGCGAGGUCUCCGAAAACCGGAUGUGGCAGCCCCAGGUGCUCUGGUAUUGUCAUCUUGCUGGACGGACGACGCCUCUUACUGCUUCAAAUCCGGCUCCAGUAUGGCUGCACCGCACGUCGCAGGUGCCAUCGCUCUUUACUUGAGUGCGAACCCGGGAACGUCCUACGACAAGAUCAAGGAUGUACUUCAAUCUAGAUCUGUCACCACCACGCUAACUACUCCGACAGGAUAUGCAUGUGGCAAGACCCAAGAUCGUAAUUUCCCCAACAACCAGUACGGAUACGGUCGUGUUGACAUUUUUAAAGCUCUCAGUUAA